UUGCAUUUCAACCGUGGCUGCAUCCGCGCGCGCGUAAAACCAUUAAGAACAAGAACAACUGGACAAGAAUAGAGCGAUGCCAUCUUGUGACGAAACCUCAAUCCAGUUGCGAAAGGAACAGGAUGAAUUUAGUGCUCUUCAGAUUCUUGGCAUACCUUCACGUCGGGCUCCAGGUCGCUCUCCAGAUGUUUAUUUACCCUUGUCAUCUGCAUCCCCAGCCCUGUCACAUCCUGGCACGCAUUGGGCACACCGUGCGCUUGGGUGCGCUCCUGCCGACCCGCCAGCAGUCCAGGAUACAGGGCGCCCUCAACCGCGCCCUGGUCCACCUCCGGCAAAGUGGAAACAACUUCUUGCCCUACAACCUGAGCUUGGAAGUAUUGUCCCGAGAACCGCUCAAUGGAGACCCGGAGUCCAUGUUCAGGUGCGUGUGCCAGGAUAUCGUUGUUCAGGGAGUCUCGGCUGUGCUCGCGUUCCCUCAGAGCCACGAGGAGCUCAUACAAGUGGAGUUCAUGUCGUCGUUUUUGGAAAUACCCUUCAUCAGCAUCAUUGAACAGGGUGAACCUCUUAAGACACAGAACCGCUUCCAUUUGCAGAUGAUGACUCGAAUGCCUCCUUCAGGACUAUCGGACCUACUUUUGGCUGUGUUGCUGAGAGGGGGCUGGCAAGGUGGAGCGGCAACUGUCUGUCCGGGAGGUGGGAAUACUGGAAUGCUGGAAGAGCUUCAACAGCGCGGUCACCUAGGUUUAGACGGAGCCCACUGGCACCUUUGGGAGACUCUCAAUCUGUCCAGACUUGAGGAAAAUAUAAGCGAAGACAAGGUGAUGGAGCUCCUCUCCCAGCUCCUCAGCAGGACUCCUUCUGCUCCGGCGUCCUCCGUGGUGCUUUUUGGCUCCGACCCUGAAUGUACAGCCACAGUGCUGCACGGUGCCCAUCAGUUGAGUGGCACAUUGCCUCCUAUGCACUGGAUCAUGGGAUACCCGCUUAGUCUGGAUUCUCUACACUCGAUUGGCUCCCCACUCGGUCUUCUGGCUUAUGGGGAGGUCAAUCGCAAACCCUUGAACUUCUACAUUAGGGACACCCUGCAGCUCAUUGGCAGAGCUGUAUAUGCUGCUACCAUGGUGAGACCAGAUUUGGCACUCAUUCAGAACAUGGUGAACUGUUUCGACAAGCCCAAUAAACAUGAGCUACCCUCCUCUGGACAGUACCUUGCCAGGUUCUUGUCGAACACUUCCUUCACUGGGCUGACAGGCCCUGUGCGAGUAGAGCGCUCUCUCUCCAGAGUCCUUACCUCCCAACGCUUUCACAUUUGGAGUCUCCAACGGGAUCCUCUGGGCCAGCCAAGUUGGGUGACCGUGGCAAGCUGGCAGUCGGGCCAACUGGAACUGGAGGAACAGGGCCUGUGGCCAGGAGUGACCCAGCACCAGCGGGAGGAUGGCCCAGGGAUCAGACUUGGUGGGCGCUGGCAAGCAGGACUCCCAGUGGCGGGGAGCAGAUUGCGGGUCGUAACCUUAGUCGAGCACCCGUUUGUGUUCACAAGAGAAGUGGAUGAGGAGGGCCAGUGUCCAGCAGGGCAGCUGUGCCUUGACCCUCAAACCAACAGCUCAGAAGUCCUCAACCAGCUGUUCAGAGAGCUGGAACAAACCAACAGCAGCUCCCUGCCAACUGACAUGCGGAAAUGCUGCUACGGAUACUGCAUCGACCUGUUGGAGAAGUUAGCUGAGGACAUGCACUUCGAGUUCGACCUUUACAUUGUAGGCGACGGGAAGUACGGGGCAGGGAAAGGGGGUCGAUGGACUGGGCUGGUGGGUGACCUGCUCAGCGGUGUGGCGGAUAUGGCUGUCACCAGCUUUAGCAUCAACUCCGCUCGAAGCCGAGUGAUAGACUUCACCAGCCCCUUCUUCUCCACCAGUUUGGGGAUCCUAGUGCGGAGCAAGGACACAGCUGCACCCAUUGGUGCCUUCAUGUGGCCCCUUCACUGGUCCAUGUGGGUGGGCAUCUUUGUGGCACUGCAUAUUACAGCGCUUUUCAUCACUCUAUAUGAGUGGAACAGUCCGUUCGGCAUGACUCCACAUGGACGCAAUCGCAUUAGGGUCUUCUCAUACUCGUCUGCUCUUAACCUCUGCUACGCCAUCCUGUUUGGCCGGACUGUCGCUAGUAAGACUCCAAAGUGCUGGACAGGACGCUUCCUCAUGAACCUUUGGGCCAUAUUUUGCCUCCUGGUGCUGUCCAGUUACACCGCCAACCUAGCAGCUGUCAUGGUGGGGGAGAAGACUUUUGAGGAAGUGUCAGGAAUUCAUGAUGUCAAGCUCCAUCACCCAUCCCUGGGGUUUCGCUUCGGCACAGUGCGUGAGAGCAGUGCUGAGGACUAUGUGAAAAAGAGCUUCCCCGAGAUGCACGAGUACAUGAGGCGCUUCAACAAGCCCACCACUCCGGAUGGAGUCUCUACACUCAAGACAGAUCCCCCUCAGCUUGAUGCCUUCAUCAUGGAUAAAGCUUUGCUGGACUAUGAGGUAUCCAUAGACGCAGACUGCAAACUCCUGACUGUAGGAAAACCAUUUGCUAUUGAAGGUUACGGGAUCGGUCUGCCCCAGAACUCCCCUCUCACACGCAACGUCUCCGAGUACGUCAGCCGCUACAAGUCUGAUGGUUACAUGGACAUGCUUCACGACAAGUGGUAUAAAGUGGUUCCCUGUGGCAAGAGGGUUUUUGCUGUGACAGAGACUCUGCAGAUGGGCAUCCAGCAUUUCUCUGGGCUGUUCGUGUUGUUGUGUGUCGGGGUAGCAGGAGCUUUACUCACUCUUCUGGGGGAACACGCUUUCUUCAGAUUCAUCCUGCCUCACCUCCGUCACCAGCAGAGGUUCAAAUACUGGCUCCACACCAGCCAGAAAAUCCACCGUGCAUUAAAUAUGGGUUGUGAUGAUGAAAGGAAGUCAGAGGCUGAGAGCAGUGACAGAUGUCCCACCUUGUGCCUGUCAGAGAACUGUAAUCUCCACCGCCUGCCGCCCUCGUCCUCUUCUCCUCCGCCUUCCACCUCCUCCACCUCACCCACUACAACCAAGUGGAACAAUCAGAGCGUCAAGGCUGGUCGAGAGGCCAAAGAGCAGAACAAGCGUGUCCACUACCUGGAGACUCUCAACAGCUACCAGCUCCAAGCUCCACCUCAUGGGGCGGAAGGAAAGGGGCCGAAGAGGUUGGUGGGAAGCCCGCCGACCCAAUUGUGUUCCAACGGCGGCCCAAAUCCCAGUCUCAGCCUGGUGCUGUCACCCCUGACCUGCUCAGGACACUCAGCGCCAUGGGAAGAGGAGCUGCAUGAGCUUCAGGGGAGGAUCGAGGAGUUCCGUGGCCAGCUCAGGGCAGCUCUGGCCAGGCGAGCCGAGCUCCAGAGGACCCUAGUCAGACAGCGGCUCGGUCAGUCCCAAAACAGCUCCACAUCUAAUCCCAACACCAACACCCUGACCAAAGACAUCAACAGGGGGAGGUGAUGUUCGCUGAGUGUCGGCAGUGGAUAUAAGGGGAUAAGGGACAUCCUCUCAUCUGAGAAGUCGUGCCGUGCUAUUUUCUGCCUUCUUCUUUUUUCAAUGACUGCUGGAGUGCUGCAGUGAUGGAUGAACACUCUGUGAUGGAGAUUCGCCUUGUAAUCCUGCAGUCUGGCUCAUUUCCAGCUCGAGAGAGAAAGCAUUUAUCUUUGUGUGUGUGCGUGUGUGUGUGUGUUUAAAGCCAGACAAGUGGACAGAGAACAGACACUUAAUGCACCAUUCACUGCUGGCCAAGGUGAAUAUCUGCACCCACAGACGUCUGGCAUGAAAUUGCUUCAUUUUGUAAAUAAGUCAAUGGGAUUAUUUAGAGGGAUAAGUAACACUGGACCAGGUCUCAACCUCGGACCACCCAUAGUCCACUCACUGACCGUCUGAUGCAGAUUGCACACAAAACAAGUUCUUCAAUUCAAUUAGAAUUCGCAAUAUUUUACAACUUUCAGGAUUUUCAGCAUUUCUUUUUUACAUUCGGCUUAAUCAAGGUAUAAAGAAUGUUUUCGAUUCAGGGUUUAGUUUGAGGCGUUUACACCUGGUAUUAAAGAGAUAGUUUCCCAAAACUGAGACUUUUGUCUUCAUUUACUCUCCAUUUACUUGUUUCAAACCUGUUUGACUUUCUUUCUACGGUUGAACACAUUUUGAAAAAUUCUGAAUGCCUGUUACCAUUAAGUUCCAUUGCAUCUGUUUUCCUUGUAUGGAAGUCAAUUAUUACAUGUUUCUAAAUCUUCUUUUUCGUGUUCACCAGAGGAAAGAAAUUCACAGUGGUUUGAGGACGCUUGAGGGUCAGUAAACAGUGAGUAAAAUGUCAUUUUUGGGUGAGCUAUCCCUUUAAGAUUUGUGAUGGACAAUAUAUCGCUUGUCAUUUCAACAUUAGCCAAGGUCCACACGGAAUCUGUGUGCGCAGAUUUCCACAGAUUUUUAGCCCAUAAUGAAUUAUGUUUAUUUACUUGUGUAAAUGUGUGUAAAUUUAUAUUUAUUCAGUUUUUUUUUUAUUAAUUUCAGCAAUAUUAUUGACUAAUAUGAACAUAUUCAUAUGAUUUAUUUACAAUACAGUUUGUAAAGUAAUAUUUUCUGUCUUUUGUAGAUAUGUUAUA